AUGCAGACUGCUAACAUUGAUGCUGAGGUGUCUGGUUUGAACUGUGGACAGAGAAUAGUAAAUCUGCAAAUGCUCUACUUGUUUAUCUUCGUAACAUGGUUCUUGAGAGGAGAUGCUGCAGAGACCACAACGUUAAUUCCCACCGAUUUUGAAGAAGACCCUGAAGUUUGCCAAGUAUGGAACAUGACAGAGGAAGCUGCUUGCGAGUAUGUAAAACAAAAUAAAGACGUAUGUGAAGGAGGUGGCUAUUUGCAGUGGUCUCAAUACGUCGAAUGCGAAUUUGUUACCGGCAAAAAGAUUGGAACAAUCAUAGCGGGAGUUGUGUGGUUGCUCGUACUAUUUGCUAUAAUGUCCGCCACUGCCGAUGAUUUCUUUUCACCAAAUAUUGCAGCGAUCGUAGCACACCUGAAAAUCAGCGAAAGCAUAGCAGGUGUGACGUUCAUGGCAUUUGGUAAUGGAGCUCCGGACAUAUUCGGUUCCAUUGCUUCAGUUCUCAACAGUCCAAAGCCUAAAGCGGGAAUCGCUUUGGGACAACUUCUCGGAGCUGGCAUAUUUGACACAUCUGUGGUCACUGCCGCAAUUAUACUCAUCAUGCCGUUCAAAGCUGAUGUACUUUCGACCAUUCGUAACCUGAUAUUCUUUCUCAUAGCAGCUUGCAUGACGCUUGUUUUUCUAUUCAGCACAAAGGUCUAUAUCUGGGAACCAGCUGGUUAUUUGGCUCUUUAUGUUGUAUAUAUUCUUACUGUGAUACUUGGACACUAUUUGCACAAGCGCAGAAGAAUGAAGUUAACAAUAAAUAACAUCAAAUCCAAGCAGAGCAUCGCGACCUAUGGAAGCGUGGAUACAGUUAUCCCCAAUAUACAAACCACAGCAGACGCAGUGGAAAGAUUUAAGCGACUGGGUAAGCAACCAUCGAACAUCUUCAUUACUCUGAUAUAG